AUGGGGCUGAAGGUCUCAAUUUCACGGAACUGGUGUCAAAAUCUGAUUAAAUUAGAAAAUGUGGUCAAUGAACUCUACACAUACUAUACCUUCAGUACAAGCAGUGGUAAUUCAGCACUAGGAGUGAAGGUGGUCAUUGGUACAAAGGAAUCAUGUACACAUGAGUGUAAGUCAAGGAAAGUUGCACAAGUGAAAACUGAAGGAGGAGAUACGAAAAUACUUGGAAGUGGGAAAGUUGCACAAUAUGUGGACAUGAUGCCUGGCACUCCAUCAGCCACUUUGGACUAUGAGGCUGCUCACCAAGAUAAAUUAGAUCCAGAUUCAGAUUGGAAGGUGAAGAGGAGAUUGUUAAAGAGGGCACCUGGAUGUGCUGACAGCCUCCUUCUCACCAACCACAUGACAGUCUGCAUAGCUGAGAAGUUGAAGGAGACUCUGGGACCCUGUGACUUCUCCAAUCCACAGCAUGAGGACAAAGCAACCACCCGUAAGGUGUUGGUUAAAUGCACAAAUUCUAGAGCCAGACCACCUAAGUCAACCCUCACUCCAGUUCUUCCUAACCGAGGGACCUUAGACGAGUUGCUUCACAAGGGCUUCUUUGUGCCUCAGUUUCCCCAGUUGUUAACUCCAAGUAAAAUUAGUGAUGGUACUUGUGCCAGCCACUGUUCUAAGCCUUUCACACACACUAUCACAUUAAAUUCUUACAAUACCUUCAUGAGGAAUGGAACCCCAUCUUCUCCCCAGAACAGCCUGGUCGGGUUCUCAGCCCUGAUUCCCAAGUCUCACAGCUUUGGGGGCUGUGGCGGUCCCAGGAGUGGGAGUAAAGCUCUAAGGACCAUCAUCUCCACGUGCAGAGAUCACCUCCAAGCCCUGUAUUCGCGUCCACUACACUGGAUCCUCACCUCCACGGCUCAAAAAAGGAGAGUUCAUCUCUGUGAGGGGAUAAUGGUCCCGUGUGAAAGUUCCCCACAUCCCGUCCUGCCCCAGAGCUCUCUCUUUCCUCCCCCUAGAGGCUUCACUCGGGGUGUCGCGACCGCUAGCAAAUCCCAGGCUGCGGAGGGGACGGAGAGGGACCCGGCGCAGAACCAGAACCAGCUUCCCCCAAGGCGGAACCUCUCCCUGCUCCACCGGCACCGCGUUGUCCCUUCCAGCGCUGGGAAUGGUAAUAACUGGCUGCGGCUGUCCCCCGUGGCGGCGGUGGUGCUAGGCAUUACUGUAGGAGUCUUGGUUCGAGAAUACAGCAAGCUCUCAACUCUGGAGAAAUUCUACUUUGCUUUUCCAGGAGAAAUUCUGAUGAGGAUGCUGAAACUCGUCAUUUUGCCAUUAAUUAUAUCCAGCAUGAUAACAGGUGUUGCUGCACUGGAUUCCAAUGUAUCUGGGAAAAUUGGUCUGCGUGCUGUCGUGUAUUACUUCUGUACCACCGUCAUUGCUGUAAUUCUAGGUGUCGUGUUGGUGGUGAGCAUUAAGCCUGGUGUCACCCAGAAGGUGACUGAAAUUGACAGGACGGGCAGCACUCCUGAAGUCAGUACAGUGGAUGCCAUGUUAGACCUCAUCAGGAAUAUGUUCCCUGAGAACCUCGUCCAAGCCUGUUUUCAGCAGUACAAAACCAAGCGUGAAGAAGUGAAGUCUCCCAGUGAUCAGGAGACAAACAUGACAGAAGAGUCCGUCACAGCCAUCAUGACAACGGCUAUGGCCAAGAACAGCACAAAGGACUACAAAAUUGUUGGCAUGUACUCAGAUGGCAUAAAUGUCCUGGGCUUGAUUGUCUUCUGCCUCGUUUUUGGACUUGUCAUUGGAAAAAUGGGAGAAAAAGGGCAGAUUCUGGUGGAUUUCUUCAAUGCUUUGAGUGAUGCAACCAUGAAAAUCGUUCAGAUCAUUAUGUGUUACAUGCCACUUGGUAUUUUGUUCCUGAUUGCUGGGAAGAUCAUAGAAGUUGAAGACUGGGAAAUUUUCCGCAAGCUGGGCCUGUACAUGGCCACGGUCCUGAGUGGGCUUGCAAUCCACUCCAUUGUAAUUCUACCACUGAUAUACUUCAUAAUUGUAAGAAAGAACCCGUUCCGAUUUGCCAUGGGAAUGGCCCAGGCUCUCCUGACUGCACUCAUGAUCUCUUCCAGUUCAGCAACACUACCUGUCACCUUCCGUUGUGCUGAAGAAAACAACCGGGUGGACAAGAGGAUCACUAGAUUUGUGUUACCUGUUGGUGCCACAAUCAACAUGGACGGGACUGCACUCUAUGAAGCUGUGGCAGCUGUGUUUAUUGCACAGUUGAAUGACUUGGACUUGGCCAUCGGGCAGAUCAUCACUAUCAGCAUCACAGCUACAGCUGCCAGCAUUGGAGCCGCUGGUGUGCCACAGGCUGGCCUGGUGACCAUGGUGAUUGUGCUGAGUGCUGUGGGACUGCCCGCCGAGGAUGUCACCCUCAUCAUUGCUGUUGACUGGCUCCUGGACCGGUUCAGGACCAUGGUCAAUGUCCUUGGUGAUGCCUUCGGGACAGGCAUUGUAGAGAAGCUCUCUAAAAAGGAGCUGGAGCGGAUGGAUGUUUCAUCUGAAGUCAACAUUGUGAAUCCCUUUGCCUUGGAACCCACCGUCCUCGAUAAUGAAGACUCAGACACAAAGAAGUCCUACGUCAAUGGAGGUUUCGCCGUGGACAAAUCUGACACAAUCUCUUUCACCCAGACUUCCCAGUUCUAAAGCCCCCAGCUUCAGACAACUGGGAAUAAGGAAGAGUACCUCCAUGAGAGUCACCUUUUAGAAAAUUCAAACAUUAAGGAAAAGAAAAACACUAACAGCCAACUGUACAUUUGCUUUGAUAUACAGACCUCCAGAUUAUUUUCUAUAUUUGGAUUCAUAGCCUUUGCUCUCCAGAUUUGGGAAUUGGGAUAGGAUAAAAUGAAACUGAUUAAGACGGAAAGUUGUAUUAUCUGGGUUUUAAACAUUCUAUUGGGUUGUUGGGAAAGUCAUGAU